CGCUGUUAGAUAUUUAAUACGAACUUCAAUAAAAAUCCAUGCUUCGAAGGUCGUCGCCUGUAAAUGAUCCAAACAACGGGUAGUUAUAAUGACAUUUAGCUCACUAUUGUUAGUGCUAAUGGGAGAACAUUUUACGUACAAAUGGGUUUCGUUGCUACUCAAAGAUUUGCAUUCUAAAAGUGAUGUUUAGUUCUAUCAGAGACAUUCAUAAUGUUGUUCCGUUUCGUAGUGGCUCUUAUGCUUCUCGACGUGUCCUUCGGACAGUAUGAAUAUCCAAACUACGAGGAAAAAGCAUCGGAGAACAUACCGGACACUUAUCCCAAUCCAGAUGUUGCUACCAACCCAGCACCCAACCCGGAACCACAAUAUCCCGACUACAGCUAUGUAGAAACGGUCGUAACUACUACUACAACUACUACUACCACGCGGGCUCCAAGAACAAAACGACCCCAGGUGUUUCCUCCAACACCGACCAUACGCCAAACGAGACGUCCAGUGAAUAGAAUAGUGCAUUGGUACAUUCUAAACGGUCAACUGUAUCCAAUUCGUACCGCCAUCAGGCGCCGCUAUCGAACAGGAUCGCAGACUAAUUGGGUACCACCGUACUAUCGGAACGUGAUGACGGGCUCACGUUCGACACAAUCGAAUGCACCCGAAUGGGGACUAACGCAGCGUAUCGGAUACUGGUGGUAGAUCUACG